GUGCCCUUUGUUCUCUUCCUUCUCCUCUUCCAAAAGGGUUUAUUUCAUCACAGGAAAAGGUCAGUGGUUCUGGUGGAUCAGCAAGCCUCAAGAAGGGGAGACUCCCAAGGUAGGUCCGUGGCACGGGGCCACCGGCGUACCGUGCCGGAGUCUUCCGGCUUGAUAGCAGAGGCUCUCGGGCCAGGUCCCGCUUGCGGAGCCGGAAGAAGGAGAUGUGUGGACGAGCAUCUAGCUCGUCUGUGUGCGUUACCCUAGGCGCUCAGUACCUGGAAUUUGAGGUCAGUGUCCUGGGGGACCGGGCGGAUUGGAAAGGGAUUAGGCCGGGACCCGGUUCGGGCUCCGGUUCGGGCUCCGGCUUCUGUGAAGCCAGCUGCCAGUGUCGCGAUCGUUCAGCUCCCCACCUCAGCCACGAGACGCAGCAGGACCGGCCCGGCCCGGCCCGGCCCGGCCGCGAGGGCCGGUGGUCGGAGACGCUUUGCGGAGAGCCGGGCCUCUUAGGCCUUCGGCCCCCCUUGGCUUCGAGUGGAGCCCUUUCCGCCUGUUCCUCCCAUCCUCUCCUGAUCGCUCUUGGGCCCAGCCCUCUCCACCAUGGCCUUUGACCAAGCCCGGAAGGCCUUGGGAACCUGCUCUUGGCGGGGUCGUUCGGAGGGUGCGCCUGCCGGGCGGCGUGGACCUUUGGGACGGGGCGGUGGGGGCGUGCACAUCGGGGCAGCCCGCUGGGGAUCUCCUUGUGCUCCCCAAGUCUUGACUCUUGACAAACGGAGGAACUUGGAAGUGAGAAGCCUCCAGGAAGGUGUGCUUCCUUUCUCCCGUGUGGAAAUGUCACGCGGGUGUGCGCGCGGCCAGCAGCCAGAGCUGGUGUUUUCUUUCUGUCUCUGUUUCUUUCCUCUUCCUGCUGUGUCCUCUUGAAACAGUCUUGCCGCGAGGAGGAUGCCGCCUCCUGCCCUGGCUCGGGGUCAUCCAGGGCUUCUCCAGGCGGGCCGGUGAGCGUGUGGCACCGUGGCUUAGCGCGGUCGGACACGGGUUUGCGGCUCUUGGUUGCGAGCAAGGGGCAGAGUGGCACUUCUGCGGGCAGCUCUGCCUUCGAGAGGGGCGUGUUUGGCCAUCCCAAGGGCCCUUCACGGGGAGCUCGCUCUGGGCGUGAGGUCAGAUCCUCGGUCUAGGCCCUGGGCCCUGGGCCCUGGGCCCUGAGCGGGAGGGCCCCGAAAGGAACCUUUGGCUGUGAGGACCAGGCCCAUCUCUCCCUCCCCCGUGUGGCUUUCGUGUAGGACUACCAAGGGCUCCCUGCCCCCUGCCUUGGGGAGAAUGAGGCAAGGGCACUCAUCGUCAUGGCUUUCUUGUGGUAAAGAAAGGCAGGCUAGGAGGCCCCCACAGGGCGAAGGAUCCACAGGAUGUGGAGUGCCAGCCUUGGAGGUGCAGCCCUCUGAGGUGGCCACGAUGAUGAGCGGCCUUGCUUUUGCCCAGUUGGACAGGAGAUGGCCUUGCUUCUCUUUUCCUUUCCUUGGCUCCUUUUCUGUUUUUCUGGGUCCUUUUUUUUUCUUUCUUUCUUUUUUUUCUCUGCGCAAAGGGCGGAGGGAGAGGACUUUUGGGGUGUGGGGGGGAAGGGCAGGUUGCCAUUUCUGGUGCAAUACCGCCAUCCAGAGGAAUGGCUCCGCCAGUCCUGCAAACUCUGGACUGUCCCUUCCUGGGGAGGAGUGACAGGGGCCUGCGGUCGGGGACCGGGGACUGUGUCCCGGGGAAGUCUGUCCAGAGCUCCGCCGGGGAAGGGGCGGGAAGCGUGGCCCAAGGCCCGGAGGGGCCGUGGGAGCUCCAGAGACCGGCCCCGGGCACCGGGACGAGGCCCAUGGUCCGGGCGCCCGGCCCGUGGGGCACAGGAAGUGGAGUCUCGGGCCACCCUGGUGGCCGCCAUGUCUGGGCGGGGCUAGAGGAAGCUGCUCAGAAGGAGCCUGGGCCCUGGGCUGGGGAGCUGCGGGCGCUUGGCGGCUCGCCCCUUCCCCUGGAAGGCAGAGCAGCCUUGGCCUGGGCGGGCCCAGGGCCUCUGAAGCCGCUCUGGCGCUGGCGCUGGCGCUGGCGCUGGCGCUGGGACUGGCGCUCGCUCACCCUCACCCUCACCCUCACCCUCACGCUCACGCUCACGCUCACGGGUGGGGCCCAGCCGGAGACCACCGCGGGCAGCUGGGCUUCUGCUGCCAUUGGCUGCAGCGGCAGAGGGUGUCAGGCAGAGUGGAAGGAGAGGAGGAGAAGGGAAGUCGGGGACGUCGGUCAUGUCUAGGCGCUGGUGUUCUGGGUGAGUGAGUGCCCUUUGUUCUCUUCCUUCUCCUCUUCCAAAAGGGUUUAUUUCAUCACAGGAAAAGGUCAGUGGUUCUGGUGGAUCAGCAAGCCUCAAGAAGGGGAGACUCCCAAGGUAGGUCCGUGGCACGGGGCCACCGGCGUACCGUGCCGGAGUCUUCCGGCUUGAUAGCAGAGGCUCUCGGGCCAGGUCCCGCUUGCGGAGCCGGAAGAAGGAGAUGUGUGGACGAGCAUCUAGCUCGUCUGUGUGCGUUACCCUAGGCGCUCAGUACCUGGAAUUUGAGGUCAGUGUCCUGGGGGACCGGGCGGAUUGGAAAGGGAUUAGGCCGGGACCCGGUUCGGGCUCCGGUUCGGGCUCCGGCUUCUGUGAAGCCAGCUGCCAGUGUCGCGAUCGUUCAGCUCCCCACCUCAGCCACGAGACGCAGCAGGACCGGCCCGGCCCGGCCCGGCCCGGCCGCGAGGGCCGGUGGUCGGAGACGCUUUGCGGAGAGCCGGGCCUCUUAGGCCUUCGGCCUCCUUGGCUUCGAGUGGAGCCCUUUCCGCCUGUUCCUCCCAUCCUCUCCUGAUCGCUCUUGGGCCCAGCCCUCUCCACCAUGGCCUUUGACCAAGCCCGGAAGGCCUUGGGAACCUGCUCUUG